AGAUGAUAGACAUCAAUGAGGAACCUCGCACCUUACACAUGCUUAUUCACUUUGUGUUACUGCGCUAUAAAACAAUGGGAAGCUCUUGCGAUGACAAGGAAACCCGAAAUAGGAAAUCACCUACCUGGAAAACAUGAAAGCAUGAAAAGAAUGGAAGCAACAACACAGCUAACAGCCUGCAGCUGUCAUAACCAAAAAACGAACCCAGCCGAUCCUCUUAACUCUUCUACUUGGAAGACAUCAUGAACCGCUCCCUCUCCAUCCGCUCCACCAAAGCCGGCACACCAAGCUCGCCCGGCCCGUCCAAACGCAAGGGCUUCUCCUUCGCCUCCCUCCGCGGCUCAAUCCAACCCGAGCUCUCGCGCCGCCUAUACCAGCUCAUCAAAUCCUCCAACAACCUCGUGUCCGCGCACGAGACCGCCGGGCGUGAGCGAGAGUCGAUCGCAAAACAACUAUCCGAGUGGGGCGAGCAGACCGGCGACGAGGGGGUAUCGGACAUCAGCGACAAAGUCGGGGUCGUGCUAUCGGAGCUAGGCGCGCAGGAGGACGCGUACGCGCAUGGCCUCGACGACGCGCGGGGGCUGCUUAAGACGGUCCGCAACACGGAGAAGAGCGUCCAGCCGAGCCGCGAUGCGAAGGCGAAGAUCGCGGAUGAUAUCCAGCGCCUUAAGUUGAAGGAGCCGCAGAGCCCGAGGCUGGUUAUUUUGGAGCAGGAGCUUGUUAGGGCGGAGGCGGAGAACUUGGUUGCGGAGGCUCAGUUGACGAAUAUUACUCGCAACAAGCUAAAGGAAGCCUACGACGCCGAAUUCGCCGCCGUUAUCGAGAGGGCUGAGAAGCAGAUCAUCCUCGCCAAGCACGGUCGACGGCUCCUCGAACUCCUGGAUGACUCACCUGUCACGCCUGGCGACGCCCGCCGUGCCUACCAGAACGGGGCUGCGGCGCGCCAGGUCCUGAAUGAUGCCGAGGAUGACCUCAAGGCCUGGGAUAAGAAUGUAGAUGAUCAGUACUCCCUUGUCGGAGAGGAGAUGACGGGUGCUGGAGCCGGCGUUGCUGCUAGUGAAACAGGAGAUGGAGUUGCCGCAGAGACGGCCCCGAUGCCCUAAGAUUUGGCACGACGGUAGUCUUAUCUACCUAUAAUCGAGCAUAUCGUAGAUGUGCAAAGGGAGGCCUGGUCGAUUUUCUUACCUAGAAUAUAUGUAUAAUCCUGCUCGGGCUGGUUUGGAAUCAGGGAGUUUACUAUUUUGUAUCCGCGUGUAACAUGCUUACCUACAUUAAGGCUACAAUAAAUUGGGAAUUGGACUCUUAUUUGAGGUGUACGAAAUGGCAUUUGUUAGGAUAAUUAUAAGACUGCUUUGAAUGUAUUGUCUUGCACUUGUGUGAUU